AUGUAUGUAUGUAUCUAUCUAUCUAUCUAUCUAUCUAUCUAUCUAUCUUUUUCUCUCUUUUUUGCUGCUUGUUUCAGUCUGACAUCUAACCCCACCGCCCCGGCGCGGGCUGAACAUUUUAUCCCAUUCCCCCUGUUUUUACUCAGUCUUUUUUUCUUCCCUCCUCCCCGGGCUUCCUUUCGCUCAUACUCUCUUUCUAUCUUUCUCUUUCCUCACCGUCUUUCUCUCUUUCGCCUUUUUCAGUUUGUCUCUUUAUCUCUUCUUUCUCUCUUUGUCUAUCAUUCUAUCUUUUUCUUUAAAUUUCUACUACCUUCAUUUUUUCCUUUUCCUUCUCCCUUUUACUACAUUUUCUUCUCUCUCUCUCUCUCUCACACACACACACACACUCUCUUCUUUCUUAUCGUCUUCAAAUAUUUUUAUCUUCUCUAUCUUUCCUUUCUAUGUGUUUUUCUCCCUCGCCUUUCUUUCUCCUUCAUUAUCGAUUUUCUCAUCACUCUCUUCUUUCCAUUUUUUCCUCUCUCUUCACCUUUUGACCUUUUCUCUUCUCUCUACGUGAUUAUUCUCUCUCUUUCUCACUUUUAUCUUUCUAUAUUUAUCGAUCUCUUUUUUUGUCGUCUGCGUUUCUGCCUCUUUCCUUAUUCUUGUUUCUGUUUUUCUUGUCGUGUUGCUCUUUCCUGUCUUUCCCUCUCGAUCUUUCUCGAUCCUUUCUUUGUUUCACACUCUAUUUUGUCUUGUUUCCACUCUCUCUUUACUCUUGUCUAUUCUUCUCUCUUUCUCUCUCUUUCUUUCUUGAUCCUCUCUUUGUUUCUUACUCUUUUUCCUUUGUUCCACUCACUCUUCCCCCCCUGUCUAUUCUUCUCUCCUCUCUGUCUUUCUUUUCCUAUCCUCUCUCUGCUUUUUACACUUUUUACCUUGUUUCCCCCCUCUAUCUCUCUCUUGCUUUCCCCGUCUAUUCUUCUCUGCUCUCUUUCCCUCUCUUUCUUUCUCGAUCCUCUCUUUGUUUCUCACUCUAUUUUAUCUUGUUUCCACUCUCUCUUUACCCCAGUCUAUUCUUUUCUCUUUCUCUCUCUUUCUUUCUCGAUCCUUUGUUUCUUACUCUUUUUCUUUUGUUCCACUCACUCUUUCCCCCCUGUCUAUUCUUCUCUCCUCUCUGUCUUUCUUUCCCUGUCGUCUCUCUGCUUUUUACAUUUUUUGCCUUGUUUCCUCUCUCUCUCUUUACUCUUGUCUAUUCUUCUCUCUUUCUCUCUCUUUCUCUAUCGAUCCUAUCUUUGUUUCUUACACGAUUUGCCUCAUUUCCUCUCUCCCUCUUUCUCCUUGUCUAUUCUUCUCUCAUCUCUUUAUCUCUCCUUCUUUCAUAUCCUUUCUUUGUUUCUUACCCUUUUUGUUUUGUAUUCCCUCUCUCUUUUCCCCGGUCUAUUCUUCUCUCCUCGCUUUCCCUUACAUCUACCUUCUUCUUUACUUCCUUCUCUCUCUUUUCAAACUCUUUCCUCUAAAUUCUUUGUAAUCUUUCUUUCUCCCCAUUUCUCCCUUUUCACUCAGUCUCACUUUCCUCUCUCUCCUUCUUUCUUCUUUCUCUUUGCCUGUCUCUCUUUUUUGUUAUCUUUCUCUCUAUAUCCGUCUCUCUGUUUUUAUCGCAUUCCCUUCUCCCUGCUUAUGUCUCUCUCUCUUAUUCUUUCUCUUUUUUUAUAUAACUCGUCUUUCACGGCCACCUUGUUCAUCUUUUGCCACAAAUGGGAAUUAAAAGCCCAAAGACAGACACUCACUGAUCAGGUAGACACCCACUUUAAGAAGAGAGCCAUUCAGUAG